CUCACCUGAAGCUACCUAAGCUGGCGUGGCUCUUGCUCCGUGCGCGUGCGCGCCGCUCGCCUACCCGUCAGAGCCCACCCUUCUCGACGCAACGGCAACAUCCGGCACUAGUCCGUUUCCUAUUGUCUUCCAGUGGGAAACUACUUCCUGUAUCUUGCGCUUGCGCAGGAUCUACUCUCCAGCCCUUUUCAUUCCGGCACUAUGUGUUUCCCCUCGACUGAGGAACCGCCGGAAAAUGAUGAUGACAGCAGCUCUGAAGAGAUUCUGGUCCCGUGGACGCAGUGAAGCGGGAGGAGAGGCAAGUGGUACCACGACAGUGGCGGUUAAGCCAGGGUUGUGGACGCGACUGGGCACCUGGUCCCGCGCGCUGCUUCGGGAUUACGCCGAGGCGUGCGGAGACGCGGCGGCUGCUGCGCGAGCUCGACCCGGCCGCGCGGCCCUGUACGUGGGGCUGCUUGGCGGCGCUGCUGCGUGCUGUGCGCUGGCGCCCAGUGAGGCGGCAUUCGAGGAGGCCUUGCUUGACGCAUCAAGUUCUCUCUUGCUGUUGGCGCCGGCCACGCGCAACCGCCACUCGGAAGAGUUCUUGCAGCGCCUGCUGUGGCUGAGGGGCCGCGGGCGGCUGCGUCACGUGAACCUGGGGUUCUGCUCGUUGGUUUACGAAGCGCCCUUCGACGCCCAGGCCAGCCUCUACCAGGCCCGCUGCCGCUACCUGCAGCCACGCUGGGUCGACUUCCCCGGUCGGGUCCUCGACGUGGGGUUCGUAGGCCGCUGGUGGGUCCUGAAGAACCGCAUGCAUGAUUGCGACAUCAACGACGACGAGUUUCUCCACCUGCCUGCGCACCUGCGCGUCGUCGGGCCUCACCAGCUGCACUCAGAGGCCAAUGAGAGGCUGUUCGAAGAGAAAUACAAGCCGAUCAUACUCACCGUCGAUCAGGUGGACCAGGCGCUGUGGGAGGAGCAGGUGUUACAGAAGGAGAAAAAGGAUCGGCUAGCUUUGAGCGAGGCUAAUUCACUAGUUCAGUCCGAUGUUUCCAGGUGAAAAACGAAGGGUGCCCCCAGGCGCAGGCAAACUGUUGGCCACAGAUGGUGCAGUUGGUGAGAUGGGUAGAGAUAAAUGACCCUCGUUGUGAUUUUGUGGGACGUUCUAGCUCUGUCUGUCCUGUUUGCCGAAGCUAAUUGGGAGCCUUACUGGUCUUAGAGAUACAGAAGAGCUGAAAGACUGCUUUCGAACAUGAAGCAUUUGACCUUGUGCUUACCGCUGCAAGAUCUACUAAUAAGGAACCUUUGCUGUGUAGCCUGUUGUUGCUGGGGAUGGACUUCAAGGGUAGAGCAUUUGCCUAGCAUGCCUGGGUUCCUGGCUUGCAUUUCCAGCACUGCAAAAACAGAACAAAAAUGGGCUUUUGGUUUUUGGGAUUUUGUUUAUUUGGUUGCUUUUUGAGGCUCCCAUAUGCCCAGUCUGGCCCUGACUACUCCUGUAUCAGCUCUAGUGCACAACAGUGUACACAACAGUGUAGUCCAAGAUUGGGACUAAAGCCAUGUGCCAGCAUGCCGGCCUCGGGGUUCCCUUUUCACCAUGUGCCAGCAUGCCGGCCUCGGGGUUUCCUUUUCAGUUGUAGCUAAAAUGUGUGUGUUGGGUUUUUUGUUGUGCUUUUUGGUUGGUUUGUUGCACUGGCUUCCCCAGAACUGGCUAUGAAGAACAAUCUUCCCUUAAACUCCCAGAGAUUUGUCUGCUUCUUAAAUUGGAUUUUUUGGGUUUGGUUUGCUUUGUUUCUGAGAAGUGGUCUCACAGCCCAGACCAGCCUCAAACUCACUGUGUAGCACAGGAUGACUGAACGAUGGGUCCUAUUGCCUGCACUUUCCACAUGAAGUAAAUGUCUCUGUGACGUGGUUUGUUAUUGUUGGGUACUUGUGCUAGGCAGUAAAUCCAGGGGCUUGUACAUAGUAGGCAAGCACUGUACCCCCAGUCCUCUUGGAGUUUUUGUUUUGUUUGAUAAUCUCCUUAUGUAGUCCUUGAGGACCUUUGACCUAGCUUGUCUUAAUUAGUAACGUUGUAUAUUACUGUCAAUGCAGGAGAUAGACACAGAGGCAAACAAAUUCUACUGUAUGUGUGUGUGGCAGUGAUUGCAAGCAUUGUGGAAAGCUGGAAUAUGUUCCAAUCCCAGAACAUACAUGUAGUCACAUGCCAUACUGCAGGGACCCUGGAAACGGUUGGAGAGGAACAGGGUGGGGCAUAUAUGUUGGACCUAGCAAAGUUCUGGUAAUUACCUUUCAAGCUAAACUAUUAGGGAAGCAAAACUGCCCAUAUCAGGUGGACUGUGACUAGUCAAUAAAAGCGGGAGAUGAAGCAGUCAUCUUUGUCUUGGAGUCUUGGAUUUGUUUAUGGUGGGAGGGCUUCACACAGACUAAGUAUGUACUCUACACUGAGUUUCCCCCAGCCCUGGUAGUGUGUUUUGCCUCUUUCAUUCAUUAUCAGGUGUAUUGAAUAUAUGGUAGUUCUUUUUGGUUGGUUGGUUUUUCAAGACAGAGUUUCUCUUUGGAGACUUGGCUGCCCUAGAACUCAAGAGAUUCCCCCACAGUCUUAGCUUCCUGAGUGGGAGGAUUAAAGGUGUGUGCCUCCACCUCCUGCAUACAAUAGUGCCUGAGUCCAAGUCUCCUGGCCAGAGGAUGAUGUUAAUUCAAGUCUUCCUGACUGGUGAGGUGGCUCAGCCAGGGAAGACAGCCCCAACCACCUGAGUCCAUGUUCUGGAACUCACACAAUAGAAAGAAAGAACUAACACCUCCAAGUUGUCCUGUGACCUCCACACACACAAAACAAAUUAGAAUGCAAUAUGGGUUCCAAAAAAAAAAAAAAAUCCACGUGUGAAUUACAAUGUGUUAAUUAGUGUAUAUUA